CCCCCUCCCCAAGCCGCGCCUCGCUUCGCUGGAAGGCGAGGCUUGCGCUGUCCGGCGGGAGCGGCUCGUUCGCCGCUGCUGAAGAUGGCGGACGAUGGGGCAGCCGCCGAGCAGCAGGAGGAGGAGGAGGAGGCGGCGGCGGCGGCGGCGGGCACAGCUGAGCGGCGGCGAGAGAAGGGGCCGCGUGGAAGUGGUCGGCCCCCCACCGUUCGGGACCUGCAGCUAGCACUGGCUGGUUUAUAUGAAGAUGAAAUUAAAAGACAGCCAUCACAUCCAGAUAAACCAACGACUAGAGUAGCCAGUUAUCCAAGACUAACAGUGCAAAGAAGUUUGAGAAAACCAGAAAGAAGUAUGAGUGAUGACAAGGAUAACCAAAGAUUUUACUCGGGUGAUUCAGAAUACAGAAUUGUUGGACCAUCUAAUAUUACUUCUAGUAAAAUUGUUGAUGAACUUUUCAAAGAAGCAAGAGAACAUGGGGCAGUGCCUUUAGAUGAAGUAUCAAGAGCCUCCGGAGAUUGUCAUAAAGCUAAAUCAUUCUCUGGUGGUGGAUACAGAUUAGGAGAUUCCACUCGGAAACGCUCUGAAUAUAUAUAUGGAGAAAAUCAGUUUGGGCAAGAUGUUCAAAUCUUGCUUAAACUGUGGAGGAAUGGUUUCAGCUUAGAUGAUGGAGAGCUGAGAUCUUACACAGAUCCAGUAAAUGCUCAGUUUCUUGAGUCUGUUAAAAGAGGAGAGAUUCCUGCAGAACUUCAGCGAUUGGUGCAUGGAGGCCAAGUUAAUUUGGAUAUGGAAGAUCACCAAGAACAGGAAUAUGUAAGGCCUAGAUUGAAAUUCAAAGCUUUCAGCGGAGAAGGUCAGAAACUUGGAAGCCUUACACCUGAGAUUGUCAGUACACCUUCAUCUCCAGAAGAAGAGGAGAAACCUUUUCUUGAUGCUGCUAUUUUGAUAGAUGACUCAAUGCCAACAACCAAGAUUCAAAUUAGGCUAGCAGAUGGAAGUCGUUUAAUACAACGAUUUAAUCAAACACACAGGAUUAUAGAUAUUCGAAACUUUAUUAUCCAGUCUCGCCCCUUGUUUGCCACUACUGAUUUUGUUCUUCUGACCACAUUUCCACAUAAAGAGCUUACAGAUGAAAGCCUGACACUGCAAGAGUCAGAUAUACUGAACACUGUGAUUCUUCAGCAGCUAAAGUAAAUCUUGAAUCUAUCAGUGCAAUAUGGCUUCUGUGAAUGGAUAAUGUUCCAUAUUCUACAACAAUACUUCCAAAAAAGGGAAAAAAGACAGAAAAAAACACUAUUCCACUUAAGUAUGUCACUUGGUUUUCAAUGCUGUUCUGUCUUCCAGUAAUGAUAUUCUGAAUUAGAAUUCAGAAAGUUUUGUUAACAAAUGUUGAGUUUUUUGUAUCCUAAGCUUCACACUCAAGCUGGUGUGAAUUCAAGUACUUUUAUUUAACAGGGGAAGGCAAUAAAAAGGAAUAAACUGUCUGACAAUUUAUAGGGAUGUAGAAACAAUGUAAUGAUGGAAAUAAACCCCCUUUUCUGCAGACAUAUAAGAUUUGGAACUAUGGAAAAACAUUAUGCUGCAUCAGCUAAUAGCCAUUAAGAAUUUCAAUAUAUCAGUUGAGAUUCAUUCUGUGACUUGGAAAUAUUCUGUUCAUUGUUUGAUGUCUUCCAUAUAUCUAGCAUGAUUUGACACUUUUUGUAAUAUUGUGCUGGUGAGAUAUUUUUUAUUCUCUCUGAGUUAUUAAUAAGAGUAUCUUAAAAGAGAUUGAUGAAUAGAUAUAAAAUAUUUGCAUUCUGAUUCAGCCCUGUUGCAAAAUAUGUGCUUUAAUUUUUGAUAUAAAAGAAAAACCUUAGUAAAGUAAUCUGUUUUUAAAAGAGGAAUGACAGAAAUGUUUAAAUGAGAUUUGUGCUUGUAUUAAAAAUGUGAGUGUCAUUGAUGGCUAGUUAUGGCUGUUCUGCCACUCAAACCCAGCCAUUUUAUGUGGAUCAGAUGCUACCAUAGCCACUUAGUGCAUUCCUUUCCGUGGAGAUACCCAGUCCAUGCCCACAUUAUUUCUGACAUUUGGAUUGGAUUCACCCAUUUAAAUGACUGGAAAAGCUUGACCACUGGGUACAUUGGAGAGGACAAAACAUUUAAAUUAGAAGUGGAUUUGUAUGACUGGCUUCUGCUUUCUUAGUCUGGAUUGUAUUUCCCAUACUGACCAGCACAUCUGAGUUAUUUCCCAUAAACUCAAAUCAUGAUUUGACUAAUCUCUGGUAAUCCAGAUUAAGAAGGCUUUACUGGUAUACCAAACUAUGACUUGUGUUCAUAAUUAUCCUGUAAUAUAAAUGAAGAAGGUCCACAAACAGUUGGGAUUACACAGAUCAGAUUGAGAUUAGUUCUAUGCAGAAGUACAUCUCCUUGCUAAUUGCAACUCCUUCCAUGUCUGGGCUUAUAUGGCUUCUUUAAAAGUGAAGGGAUACAAAGAAGAGAGAAUUCAUUUGGUAGGAGCCAUCUAUACAGACCGCAAAGAAUGGCUGGGUACUAAUCCAUGUUGCUAUAGCUGUUUCCCAGAUAGCCUAUAGCCAUUUGUGCGCACAAAUCUUAUUACUGGGAAUUUGACAGCAUAUGGGUCACACCACUAAGUCUAUCUAACUGUAUGUACAAUUAACACCUUAUCUUUGGAUUAGCAUAUGUGGUUAUUUGUCCAGUAUUCUGUAUACAAUGUAACAUAAAUACAAUUUGAGCAACACAGCCUUUAAGAUUGUGAAGCCUUGCCUAAGGUGUUAUCUUGAAAAGCUACUUAGAAAGGUAACCUUUUAGACAUUCUAUUUAUAUUCAUGUUGUUUGAAACUGAUCACAAAAUUACUUUUAAGGGUAGUUUAUUGCUGCUUUUCAUAGCAAGGACAUAGAAGGAAAUAUGUUCUGAAAGAAAUGAGAGUCCAUUUAGAUAAGCCUCUGAGCUUACUUUUUUCUGAGUAAUUUUUUAGUUUUGUAAACCUUGGUUAUUUUCUAGGCAGUACAUUUUAGUUUAGCUUCUUACCUUGGAAGCUGGCAAACGCAUCUCACACUGUUCAAAGUAUUGCCACAUUUAAAUAAAAACAAUUGAAAAGAUUUCAUGGAAAGCAAAAGAAGGUUUUGUUAGUUGGAUGUCUGCAUGAUUUAACUUACCACAAAUUCCCUUUGUGUGCUAAUAAAGCUUAUGUUUUAAUUUUA